AUGUGGUGUGGAAAUGAUGGAAACUGCUUGAUGCUGCAUUUAAAUCUUGAAUGCAUUUUCCUUCCAGGAGGCCAAGUGUUGCAGAUUCCACGGGUACAGGCUGAAGAUGCCGGGAGGUACACGUGUGUGGCGGUAAACGAAGCUGGGGAGGAUUCUGUUCAUUACGAUGUCCGCGUGCUCUUACCACCGUCCAUCAGUGGAGCUGAUGGUGAUCUGCCUGAAGAAGUGACUGUGCUUGUGAACAAGGUUGCAGUGCUGGAUUGUGUUGCAAGUGGCAACCCUUCUCCAAAUAUUACUUGGCAAAAAGAUGGCCACCUCCUAGCAGAAGACGACAAACACACGUUUUUGUCCAACGGAAGGAGGUUACAGAUUUUGAAUUCCCGAAUAACAGAUACUGGCAGAUACGUCUGCAUUGUAGAAAAUGUAGCUGGAAGUGCCAAGAAGUAUUUUAACCUAAAUGUUCAUGUUCCUCCAAGUGUUGUUGGUACUAAUCCUGAGAAUUUGACUGUGGUGGUGAAUAAUUUCAUCUCUCUGACUUGUGAGGUCACUGGCUUUCCACCUCCUGAUCUCAGCUGGCUCAAGAAUGGAAAACCUAUCAGUUCGAAUACCAACAUUUUUAUUGUGCCUGGUGCUCGGACUCUGCAGAUUCCCCGAGCCAAACUCCCAGAUGAUGGUGAAUAUACUUGUAUUGCCAGAAACCAAGCUGGGGAAAGUCAGAAGAAGAGUUUCCUAACUGUCCUUGUGCCCCCAAGCAUCAAAGACCAUAGUGGAACCUCACUGACAGUGGUGAAUGUAAGAGUUGGCACCCCGGUGACGUUGGAGUGUGAAUCCAAUGCUAUUCCACCACCAGUCAUCACCUGGUACAAGAACAGGCGCAUAAUUUCUGAAUCUGCAAAUGUGGAGAUCUUAGCAGAUGGGCAAACGUUACGAAUCAAGGGUGCAGAGGUUUCUGACACGGGCCAAUAUCUGUGCAAAGCCAUAAAUAUUGCAGGGCGAGACGAUAAAAAUUUCCAUCUUAAUGUUUAUGUGCCACCAAAUAUAGAAGGCCCUGAACGAGAGUCGGUCAAUGAAGCUAUCGGUAAUCCUCUUACCUUUGUGUGUGAUGCUACUGGAAUUCCUCCACCAACGUUAGUGUGGCUUAAGAAUGGCAAACCAAUAGAAAACUCUGAUUCUCUUGAAGUUCAUAUUUUAUCUGGUGGAAGCAAGCUUCAGAUUGCUCGCUCUCAGCUUAUAGACAGUGGGACCUACACGUGUAUUGCCUCAAAUAUAGAGGGAAAAACUCAGAAAACUUAUGUGCUUUCCAUUCAAGUUCCUCCUAAUAUUGUUGGCUCUGAAAUGCCUAGUGAGGUCAGCGUCCUCCUGGGAGAAAGCAUCCAGCUCGUCUGCAAUGCCGAUGGAGUGCCCACACCUGUUAUGCAAUGGCUCAAAGAUGGAAAAACAGUUGCCAGUGAUGAUGUACAAAGAAUAAGAGUAACUCCAGAUGGCAGCACAUUAAACAUUUUCAGAGCUCUCACUUCUGAUACAGGAAAAUACACUUGUGUGGCUACUAAUCCUGCAGGAGAGGAAGACCGAAUUUUCAACUUGAAUGUAUACGUUCCUCCGACAAUAGCCAAUAAUAAAGAUGAACCAGAGGACCUCACUGCCCUUUUGGACAUCUCCCUGAAUAUUGAAUGUGCUGCUACUGGAACCCCACCACCACAGAUAAACUGGCUAAAGAAUGGCCUUCCUCUGUCUGUCUCCUCCCAAAUCAGGUUGCUGUCAGCUGGGCAAAUUCUCAGACUUGCCCGAGUGCAGAUGUCUGAUACUGGUGUGUACACUUGUGUAGCAUCUAACAGGGCUGGCGUGGACAACAAACACUACAACCUUCAAGUUUUUGUUCCACCGAGCUUGGAUAACGCAGGAGGAACAGAGGAUGUGACUGUAGUAAAAGGCAGUUCAGCUUCGAUGAGUUGUCUUACUGGUGGCACUCCUGCCCCGACUAUGUCCUGGUUUAAAAAUGGACAUCCUUUAAGCCUCGGAGCUCACCUGACCUCCAGUAACCAAGGAAUGGUUCUUCAUUUUGUGAAGGCAGAGAUGGGUGACACAGGCAAAUACACUUGUGUAGCAUCCAAUGAAGCUGGAGAUACCAGCAAGCACUUUUCCCUAAAAGUGCUGGAGCCACCUCACAUCAAUGGUUCAGAUGAACCAGAAGAGCUCUCUGUCGUCAUUAACAACCCUCUUGAACUUCUCUGCAUCUCUUCCGGCAUUCCAGUCCCCAAAAUCUCAUGGAUGAAGGAUGGACGCCCGCUUCUGCAGAAUGAUAAUGUUCAUGUCCUAAGAGAAGUCCUUCGAAUAACCAGUGCUCAGGUGGAGGACACGGGAAGAUACACGUGUUUGGCAUCUAGCCCAGCAGGAGAUGAUGAUAAGGAAUAUUUAGUGAGAGUGCAUGUUCCUCCUAACAUUGCUGGUACUGGUGGUCCACAGGACCUCACCGUGUUGCAGAACAGACAAGUUAUACUGGAAUGCAAGUCAGAUGCUGUGCCACCUCCAACAAUCUCAUGGCUUAAAAAUGGAGAACUUUUAGAGGGAACUCCUCGGGUUCGAAUCCUAUCCAGUGGGCGAUACCUGCAGAUCAAUAAUGCUGACCUCAGCGACACAGCAAGCUAUACAUGUGUGGCAAGUAAUAUCGCAGGAACAAUGACCAGGGAGUUCGUGCUGACAGUACAUGUGGCUCCUACGAUCCGAAGCAGCCCUCAAACUGCGGUUGUGCAUAUAAAUGCUUCUGCUGUCCUGGAGUGUGUUGCAGAAGGAGUACCAACCCCGAGAGUUACAUGGAGAAAGGAUGGGGCUGUUUUUACUGGAAACAAUACAAGAUAUUCCAUGUUAGAGGAUGGAUCUCUACACAUCCACUCAGCGCGUGUUACUGACACAGGAAGAUAUGUGUGUAUGGCAACCAAUACAGCUGGCAGUGAACGCAAACGAAUUGAUCUGCAGGUUCUUGUUCCUCCAACUAUUGCUCCUGGACAUACGAAUAUUACAGUUACUGUAAAUGUGCAGACCACUUUGCCUUGUGAAACAACUGGAAUUCCCAGACCAGCAAUUAGCUGGAAAAAGAAUGGGCAUCUGCUUAGUGUUGACCAGAACCAGAAUAUGUACAGACUUCUGUCUUCAGGUUCCUUAGUAAUCAUUUCUCCCACUGUGGAUGACACUGCUGUCUAUGAGUGCUCUGUGUCAAAUGAUGCAGGAGAAGAUCAAAGAGCAGUUGAGCUCACUGUUCAAGUGCCCCCAUCCAUAGCAGAUGAAGCCACAGACCUUUUGGUAACAAAGCUGUCUCCAGUAGUAAUUUCCUGCACCGCGUCAGGGGUUCCUGUCCCUUCGGUUCAUUGGAUGAAAAACGGCAUAAAGUUGCUUCCCAGAGGAGAUGGCUACAGGAUUCUCUCUUCAGGGGCUGUUGAAAUACCUGCUGCUCAGCUAGCACACGCGGGACGGUACACUUGCGUAGCCCGGAACGCAGCUGGCUCAGCUCACAGACACGCCACUCUUCACGUUCAGGAACCACCAGUUAUCCAAACGCAGCCAGGGGUGCUGGACGUCAUUGUGAACAAUCCCAUUCUACUACCAUGUGAAGCAACGGGGACACCUCGACCCAUAAUAACAUGGCAAAAGGAGGGCAUCAAUAUAAUCACAACAGGCAACAGUUACAUGGUUCUUCCAAGUGGCAGUUUACAGAUUGCAAAAUCAGCUGUUGAAGACGCUGGUACUUACAUGUGUGUUGCUCAAAAUCCAGCUGGUACUGCUCUGGGGAAAAUCAAACUGAAAGUUCAAGUUCCUCCUGCUAUCAAGUCCCACCUCAAGGACUAUGUUGUUUCUGUCGAUCAAUCUGUCACUCUGCAAUGUGAGGCUGAAGGCUACCCUGCGCCAGAGAUCAGUUGGCAUAAGGAUGGACAGCAAGUAACGGAGUCCAUUAGAAGAAGGAUUCUUAGCACUGGUGCUCUGCAGAUUGUGUUUGUACAGCCUGGUGACACUGGCCGUUACACGUGCAUAGCGGCAAACCUGGCAGGGUCCAGCACCUCUAGCAUGGAGCUCGCUGUGCACAUUCCACCCAAGAUCCGCAGCACGGAUGCGCAGUACAUGGUCGCGGAGGACUCCCAGGCUGUUCUGUCCUGUGUGGCUGAUGGGAUUCCAACGCCAGCAAUAAACUGGAAGAAGGACAAUACGCUGUUAACAGAGAUAGAUGGAAAAUACCGGGUUGUGCCAGAGGGAGACCUUAUUUUGGACAACGUUGUUCCCGAAGAUUCUGGCAGUUACACCUGUAUUGCUAAGAAUGCUGCUGGAGAAGACAUACACACUGUCACCCUGAUAGUUCAGGUACUUCCAGCUUUUACUGAACUGCCUGGAGAUAUAGCUUUGACUAAAGGAGAACAGCUCAGAUUAACUUGCAGAGCCACUGGGAUACCUGUACCCAAAAUAACGUGGACCUUUAACAAUAACAUCAUUCCAGCACAAUACGAUGAUGUAAAUGGACACAGCGAACUUGUUAUCGAAAGAGUAUCUAAAGAUGACUCUGGUACUUAUGUGUGCACAGCAGAAAACACAGUUGGCUCAAUCAAAGCUAUUGGCUUUGUGUAUGUCAAAGAGCCUCCAGUCUUCAAAGGGGAUUACCACUCUAGCCGAAUUGAGCCCUUGGGUGGCAACGCUAUGUUGAAUUGUGAAGUCAGAGGAGAUCCACCUCCAACCAUCCAGUGGAGCAAAAAAGGAGUUGGCGUUCAGAUUAGCAACAGGAUCCGACAGCUUAACAAUGGUUCUCUUGCUAUCUACGGCACUGUAAAUGAAGAUGCUGGUGACUACAAAUGCGUGGCUACCAAUGAUGCUGGUGUGGUGGAACGCAGCCUGACGCUAACACUACAGAGUCCUCCAGUCAUUACUGUUGAACCUGUAGAAACAGUUAUUGAAGCAGGUGCCACAGCAAUGCUGAACUGCCAGGCAAACGGCGAGCCUCCUCCAACCAUCGAAUGGUCCCGCCAAGGUCAUCCAGUUGUGAGCGAUGAGAGAGUGACCGUCCUGUCUAACGGCUCCUUGCGGAUUGUUGCAGCACAGAAGGAAGAUACGUCUGAAUACGAGUGUGUAGCGAGGAAUCUAAUGGGAUCGGUUCUUGUCAGAGUACCACUGACCGUCCAGGUCCAUGGUGGAUUUUCUGACUGGCUUGAAUGGCGAGCUUGCAGCGUAACUUGUGGUCAAGGUGUUCAGGAGCGAGUCCGUCAGUGCAACAACCCUCUUCCGGCAAAUGGCGGGAGAAGGUGCGAGGGGCCCGAUACAGACGUACGCAGCUGCCACAACAAGCCAUGUCCAGUGGAUGGCAACUGGUCGGAGUGGGGGCUAUGGGAGGAGUGUUCAAAGAGCUGUGGACAAGGUAACAGGACCAGAACCAGAACCUGCAGUAACCCCCCAACUCAGCACGGUGGGAAGCCCUGUGAUGGCAGUGCCGUGGAUUCAGUCAUGUGUAAUAUUAGGCCUUGCCCAGUUGAUGGUGAGUGGAGUUCUUGGCUGCCGUGGGGUCCUUGCAGCGAGACUUGCGGGAAAGGUACUCAGACACGACUGCGGCUCUGCAAUAACCCCCCUCCUUCCCAUGACGGGUCGUACUGUGAGGGGUCUGACGCACAGAUGCAGGUUUGCAACAAGAGACGCUGCCCAGUGGAUGGGAAGUGGGCCACGUGGAGCAGCUGGAGUGCCUGCACCGUGUCCUGUGGAGGAGGCAGCAGGCAGAGAACGCGCCACUGCUCAGACCCAGCCCCACAGUUUGGGGGUCACAAAUGUGAAGGGAAUGACAUACAAAUCGAUUUUUGCAACAGUGAUCCUUGUCCGAUUCAUGGCAACUGGGGCCCAUGGAGUAGUUGGGGCACUUGUAGUCGGACGUGCAACGGAGGCCAGGUGAGGCGAUACCGGACCUGUGACAAUCCUCGCCCUGCCAGCGGUGGAAGGGCAUGUGCAGGGGCUGACAUGCAGAUCCAGAGAUGCAGCAAUGAACUGUGCCCUGUGGAUGGAAACUGGGGGCAGUGGCAAACAUGGAGCCAAUGCUCUGCUUCUUGUGGAGGAGGAGAGCAGACCCGAAUACGCCUGUGCAGCAAUCCCGCCCCGUUAAAUCGCGGACGUCCUUGUCCUGGAGACUCCUCCCAAAUAUCCAGGUGUAAUCCCCAAGCAUGUCCUGGUGGGCCUUCACGUGCCAAAGGCAGCAUCAUUGGAAAUAUUAACAAUAUUGAAUUUGGAAUUGCGUUCCUGAACGCCACAGUAACGGACAACCACGACUCUGAAACUAGAGUAAUACAAGCAAAAAUUACAAACGUCCCUCGGAGCCUUGGUCCAGCGAUGAGGAAGCUUGUUUCUAUACUGAGCCCAGUGUAUUGGACAACUGCAAAAGAAAUUGGGGAAGCAAUGAAUGGGUUUACGCUCACUGAUGCCAUGUUCAAGAGAGAAACUCAAGUGGAGUUUGCAACUGGUGAGAUUUUGCGAAUGACUCAUAUUGCCCGGGGCUUGGAUUCUGACGGAGCCUUGCUGCUGGAUAUUGUUGUGAGUGGCCACGUGCUGCAGCUCCAGUCAGUGGCUGACGUUAACGUGAAGGAUUACACAGAGGAUUAUAUCCAAACCGGCCCUGGGCAACUGUAUGCCCAUUCUACUCGUCUCUUCGCUGUAGAUGGAGUUAGUGUUCCCUAUACAUGGAACCACACUGUCACCUACGAUUACACUAAGGGGAAGAUGCCUUUCUUGGUGGAAACACUCCACGCUUCCUCUAUUACAACAGAGUACAACCCACUGGAAGAAACUGUGGUGUUUAAAAUCCACGCUUCCAUUGCAAAAG